AGGGUGAUUGUAUCUCUAAAGACUAUGCAUGAGGACGCCAAAUUGUUCCCUGAUCCACACGUGUUUGACCCAGAAAGAUUUUCUCUUGUGAACUCGGCCAAACGACACCCAUUCGCCUUUAUUCCGUUUGGUGCAGGGAAGCGUGCUUGUCCUGGAAGAAAAUAUGCGAUGUUGUCUUUGAAGACGGUUAUCAGUAAAGUUAUUUGGAAUUUCCGGAUUCUACCAGAUGAAACGUAUGAACCACAGUUACUUUGGGGAAUCACUAUGGUUACGGCCAAUGGAAUGAGGAUUAAACUUCUGAAGAGAUAA